AUUCUUGUUCGUAAUUCGCUCUGCAACCAUGAGUAACUGGGGUGGUAUUGUUAUCUUAGCUACGGUCUUAGAGGUGAUACAUGGGCAACCACCAGCAAAUAUUCCCGAGAUAUGCUUAGGUAGCGCUCCAUAUUUGGAACCCGCACCAAACUGCUGCGAUAUGCAGCCCUUGUUCAGCGUGAAGGAUAUGUAUAAAUGUGGCUUCCCAGAACCGGACAGCGUGCUUGCUAAUAAACGUGUGACUAGCAGAGAUUGUCCAAAGUUUAAAUGCAUAGCAAAAAAAUACAAUGUUUUACGUGACGGCGAAGUCGAUUCAGAGUUGCUUCAUACCCUCUUGGACAACUAUGUGAAGAAGAACCCAUCAUUCAAGUCAGCAAUUGCUUCAGCGAAGAAGACAUGCGUUGGGAAGCAACUCACUGGUAUGGAGUCAUGUCCCCCGGAAAAGAUCUUUGGCUGUAUCUUUUCAAUAAUGCUGUUUGAAUGUCCAGGAUGGCAAAGUGACCCUCGCUGCGAUUACAUGAAAGAGUUUAUGAAAAUUUGCCCACCUUACUUGUUUAAAUUUUGAAAACAGUAUUUAUGUUAUAGGGUUUAUGGGUAAUGACAAUAAGUUAAAGAAGGAUGGCGACAUGCCGUGUAUUUUGUGACCCAGUGUUUUGACGACGUGCAUUAAAGAGACUUAUCAAUACUUGUGAUUUAUUAUCAAAGCAUCAAAAAGCUUAUUGAGUACAGUCUGUAGAAGUUGGGGUUAUAAAAUUGAUAUACGAGGUGUUCUAAAUAAAAAACGAAGUACCUUUGUAAACAAAUUUUUGUUUGGGCGCGGUUUGUUUAAAACCCAACGGUUAUACACUGCACUUUUGCCUUCCUACGACCAGCAGCGGUACCAAAUAAGUGUGUUUAAAAACACUAAUAAUUUAAUAACUCUAAAUUACAAAAAAAAUGUAUUUCGCGGAGACCGCAUAGAAAAACGCUAUUAUUAGAGAAAUACGCGUGCGUCUCUCGCUAAGAUAGAUUUCGGAGUACGCCAUCGACAAAGUGAUAGCGGAACCGCGACUUGCCUGAUAUCCCGCAAGGGGUGAGGAACCAAACCAGUUGUCGCCUAUAAAAAAUGGCUCGCGCUCCGCUUGAAAUAAUGUACUACAUUGAUAUUCCUAGCUGUACGUUCCACUGCUGGAUACAGGACUCUUCCAGAUGCAUUUUUUAACCAUAAAUAAAACAAAUAAAAUAAUUAUUAAUUUACAACGUUAAGGUUAUGUUUAUAACAUUAGUAGCAGAAAACAAGUUUUCAGUUUGCUCCUAAAAAUAAUAAAGAAUUUGAUGAAUAUUCCUAAAUAUGCCAAACUCUGGCCACGUUUAAUACAACACGUUAAAGUUUUCUGUCGCAAUGAAAAUGAAUAAAAAUUAAAUCUGCCCAAAAGGCAGAAAUCUGCCACAAAUGGUCACACUGUUCUCAAUCUCAAAGUGACAUUGACAUUGGCAAGAGGCCCU